AUGGGACCCGCCGAAGACGACAAUCAACCCGACUUCCGAGCCACAGGAUCUGAACAAGGAGUCACAGACACUGGGCUUGUAGAUAAGCUCACAGAUUUCCGAUGCGAAAAAGUAGAGAGUGCAGGUACAUGCCUUACGGCACAUUUAGUCUCACGUUCCAUCUCUCGUCUGCAUACAAUGUCGCUUCCUGACGAAAAGAGUCCCAAAGAUGCCUUCGUCAUCGGCGAAAGCGAAAACGAAGCUCAUGAUGGAGUCAAAGUCCCUUAUCAUGUAGAUACCGAGAGGUCAGUCUACGUGGACUCCAAGAGGACGUGGAGAUCAUUCUUCUGGUCGACACUAGAUGUUCCCAAAGAUGAAGCACGGUUUCUGACCAAGCUCGAUUUGACACUCAUAUCAGCAUCAGCUCUCGGCGUUAUGUGUCGCUAUCUUGAUCAAGUCAACAUCACGAAUGCUUUCAACAGUGGAAUGAAAGAGGAUCUUUCGUUGUUCGGGAAAGAACUCAACUACGCCAACGCUAUUUGGAGUGCAGCAUACGUGUUCGGACAGAUACCGUCGAACCUACUUCUCACCCGAGUCAAUGCUCCUCUUUACAUUGCAUUUCUCGAGUUUGCCUGGACAGUCUUCACAUUCGCGACUGCCGGGGUCAAAGAUGUCAAUCAACUUUACGUGUUCCGCUUCUUCGUUGGUCUGUUUGAAGCAGGGCACUUUCCAGCCGUCAUGUAUGUAUGUUCUAGUUACUACAAGCCGCACGAACUGGCGCGGCGCAACACACUGAUCCAAGUAUUCACUUCUGUCGGACCACUUUUCUCCGGCUUCCUGAUGGCCGCUGUCUAUGCUGGCUUAGACGGAAAGAGUGGUCUCCCAGGCUGGCGAUGGAUGUAUAUGAUCUUCACCGAGAAGGAAGUCGAGCUCGCCCGCGCUAGAAUGCCUACCGAAGUCAAACCUUACACUGGAUUGUUCAAGUGGAAGGAUAUCAAGCGAUGGCACACGACGUGGCACGUCUACCUCUUCCCGCUAUUCUUUACGUUCCUUGCUCAACUAGGCCAGUCCGGAGGAUCAAUGAUCUUCUGGGUCAAGAGCUACAACGUGACUGGAAAGCCGCCACGAUUUUCCGUAGCAGAGAUCAACAUCAUCCCACUUGGAAUCAAUAUUAUUUCCAUUUUCGCCACUCUUGUCAACUCAUGGGUUUCGGACAGCUUGCCUGGAGCAGCUCGAUGGCCCGGUAUGUUGUUCGCCAGCACCAUGGCUAUCAUCUUUCCCAUUGCACUGGCAGCUACACCUGUGCAUCCAGCGAACAUUGCAACUCGAUGGGCAUUGUAUUACCUCACCGCACUUUCAAGCACAUGCGCCGGCAUCACAUGGACAUGGGUGAACGAAACAAACCGGCACGACCCCGAAAAGCGGGCAUAUGUGUCUGCAAUGAUGAACGCGUUCGCCUACAUUUUCACGGCGUGGGUGCCCAUCUUCACUUUCCCUGCCAACCUUCAGCCUUUCAUCGUGACUGGGAACUACAUUACAGCUGGAUUCGGAGCAGCUGCCGCAGUGACGGUACUCGUCAUCCGACACUUCUACAACCGAGAUCUGAAGACAAAAAGCGAGCUCAAAUUCUGA